AAAGGAGAGAAUCGCCAGAGGAUAAACUUCAGACCGAAGCAUUUAACGGGAAAGCUCCUAUUGCAGUACGCGGUGCCGUCUCCUUAUGUGGUUCUGAGAGGAUCCCGAGACUGCGGGCAGUGCGCAAAAUUCUUCUAAGGACGCUGCGAUGGGAUCAGAAAGGUUGUCAAGCAAUGAUGUGUCCCGUUGGGUGAUUUCCGUGACUUUGUUUGGAGCACUUGCGUUUUUCGGCGGUAAAUGGAUUCUGGAUUUCCUCGAUCCGACCGUCAAGCAGAGGGAGGAUGCACUCAAACGCGCUCAGAAAAUUCUGUCGCAAAUCGGCCUGAAGAACAUACAUCUCAGCGAGCACGAGAUGGCAGUCGCUGCGCAGCUCGUCGAUCCGAAAAAUAUUCCCAUUAGUUGGGACUCAAUCGCUGGCCUCGACGACGUUGUCCAGGAAAUCAAGGAGACCGUUAUUCUCCCCAUCCAGAAGAGACACUUGUUCGUCGGCAACAGUCUGAUUGAGCCCCCUAAAGGAGUACUUCUUCAUGGACCUCCGGGCUGCGGCAAGACGAUGAUCGCCAAAGCGACUGCGAAGGAAGCUGGAGCGCGUUUCAUUAAUCUCGAUAUAUCGAUGCUCACCGACAAGUGGUACGGUGAAUCUCAGAAGCUGGCCGCUGCUGUUUUCUCUCUGGCGACUAAAAUUCAGCCCUGUAUCAUAUUCAUCGACGAAGUCGAUUCGUUUCUGCGGGUCAGAGACUCAACCGACCACGAGGCUACUGCAAUGAUGAAAGCACAAUUCAUGUCACUCUGGGACGGCCUGGCGACAGACAACAGAAAUUACGUGCUCAUUAUGGGCGCAACGAAUCGUCCGAGGGAUUUGGAUCGCGCUAUCUUGCGUCGGAUGCCCGCUAUGUUCCAUAUAGGUCUCCCCAACGUCAAGCAACGUGUUGGGAUUCUGGAUCUUCUUUUGCAUGAUGAGUUGCUCGCUGAUGAGGUCGACAUCGAAUCUCUGGCCAAGCUGACGGACGGCUUCUCCGGAUCCGAUCUCAAGGAGUUGUGCCGAGGUGCUGCCGUCAAUCGGUUCAGAUACCUGGCCGGUUCAAGCGACUCCAAGAACUCCGAUUCGAAUGGCAGCGAUGAUGAAAUCUUCCACGAUGCGCUCCCUCCGAUAUCACUCGACGACUUCAUGAAUUCAAUAACGAAAAUGCAAACUUCCCGGGUGCACGCUGAGCUGAUGUACAUGCCGACAAUCUGAAUUCAAAUUAGGCAAUAACUAUCGGAAUUUAUCUCAGCAACCAACGGACAGCUGGUUCUUAUCCUGUGGUAGAUCCUGUGUGCAUUUCCGAGUCCACGCAGGCUGGCCGAGCAGGCACCAGCUUAUAUGUCCCGGUUUUUCCCGGGCCGUAAAAUGUGUUGCAAAGCUUUCAGUGCCGCGCUCUGAGCUUGAUGAUGUGAUAGACGAUGGAGUGACUGAGAAAGUUUGGAUCUACUAUGCAUCGGAUCGCAUCCGACAUGUGUUCGUCAACUUCGGGGCUUUCGAACAUGUUGACAUUCUGGAGCAUGGGGUCCCUCGAAUCGGAGCAGCCAGAUUUAAUCGUCUGCGCUGAUUUGUGGAUGACAAUGUACGCGGUCGCAGAGUCGUGUGAGAUGGACAUAAUGGCAGCCUCCUUCCCUACAGUCUCUCUGGUCGUGGGUUCAGGGACUGCGUCACACACAGGGGGCUUCUCCACUUAUUGCAGAAUAAGCGGAUUGCUCCGUUUUGCUCAGGGGGGAGAUAUUGAAGCGGUUGGCUGCUCUGGCGAGGAGAAAACGGAUGAGAAAAUAUUUGUACUAAUCUCAUUUGCGCUGGAGAGAGGAGAUGUCAAGUAGUGUAAAAAGGAGACUGAUCCAUCAUCGAAAACUCAUCAUCUCCAUCCAUCGCGCGAAUAUUGUAUUCGCGAAUUCUGUAGAGAUAGAGCGGCGGUGUUCCACCGAUCACAGCGCUCGUGGUAGAAGAAAUCGGAGAGGGAGAUAUGCUGAAUAGCCAGACUUUAUUAUUCGAGUUGAGGCCCGAUUCGAUAGAUACUAUUCGCGCAGACCCCGAGAGGUACAGACCAGGUUGUCUGAGAGGGAAUGAAGAGUACGAGCACUCGAUGACCAAACUAUACAACUGUCGUCAGUUCCAAUCUCCUACCGAUAUGAUUAUCAUUUCACAUUUUGAAUCCCCGGAAUAAAGUUGUCUUUUUGCCUGAGGCCGAGUCGGCCUCUACU